AAACAAUUGAACCUAUCAUUCGAUUCGUCGAUGCGAAGCAACCGUCGAUUCUAAUAAUUAGAAGUUGAUUCGUGUAGUAGCAUAUAACAGUGUAAGCAAGUAACGUUGGCAUUUCCAUGAAAGUGAAAACAUCGAGUGAAAACUUUCUUUCUGGCUUCUGAUAUACAUAAAUACGGUAUGGAUGACAUUAUUUUCGAAAGAAAGUAUUCAUCGAGACAAUAAAUUUCAAAUCGCCCGCUCAAAAUCAAGUCGGACAGUUUUGACAUGGCAGACGACGAAAGCAGUUCGACGUCCGACGAGAGUUUGGACGUAAAAAGUGUCAAAUUUGAUCCGCUGAAAGCGCUUUAUUCCACAAAAAUAAAGCUUUCAAGCACGAAAGCACCAAUUUACGACAAUGUUUCGAAAUUCGAAGCCGUAAUGUCGGGUUUAUCAAAACAAUCGAAAAAAAAUGAUCGGACUACCGAUGCGAAGCAAGGAGAAUGUUCGAGGCAACGAUUUUUAUCCCAUCAAGAGUCUGUGGCCAACAAAAAGAAGAUAGAGAAACGAGACUGGAUCGCAGAUGGAAGGAACGUCCUCUCGAAAAUGCAAAGAACUUUCGGCCCGUUAGGAAUGCUUCACGAAUACAUGGAAAAUCGAACUCGCGUUAAGGUCUACACCAGAAACGCGCGUGGCAUAAGGGGACACGUGGAGGCAUACGUGGCCGCCUUCGACAAGCACUGGAACCUCGCGCUCGAGGACUGCUUCGAGAUUUGGACGCGUAAAGUGAAGAGGAAAGCACCUGCUCUGGGUAUACCGAGCGGCGUGAAAACGAUAGACGAUGAAACCGCGCCCAAAGUAAUCGUGAAGAAGAUCGAGGGAAAGAUGGAGACCUUGGAAAGACACGUGCCGCAAAUGCUGCUGAGGGGAGAACAGGUCGCUAUAAUCGUCAAAAUCAAUUGAGACAGUGAAUACGUCCUACUACCGAGAAACGGACACUGGUGACGUCACGCGACAUCAUGUUGCGACGCAUCGAGUCAUCGCGAGCAACGUUAUAUCUCCGUCAAUUAUAUUUAUUUAUUUUUUUAUUUUUUUUUUUCCUCCCCCGUUUUGUAUCAUUUUCUUUCGAGCAGUAUUAUCGAAUAAACGUCUGCAAUGUUUU